CACCGUAUCAGAAGCCGGCGAGCCUAUAACAGCCAGUAAUCCGGCUGUCGCUGUCUGCUCGACUGUCCUUAACUAUAGCUCGCAGAGUGGGGACCGUCGAGCAGCAGCACUUGACACGAGGAAAGGAAAGGAACGAAACGAGGGAGGUGGCGUCAAGUCCAAGCGGUUCGGUCGCCCAAGGUAAUAUAAAGCCGUACGUCGACUUCACCUGGUUUAACUUACCUGGGACAUCGAGCAGCUCCGCUGUCCAGCACGGCCAGGAAGUCCGCCAGUGCCACACCACUUUCUACCAUCAUGGUGGUGUGGUCGGUGCUGUUACUAAUGGUGGCCAUUUUGGGAGAGGCAGCCAUACCAGAUCCUCCGUCUCCCGGUAUCACCACCGUCGGGUCCCUAAAAUUGGCAACAGCGGCUGACUGUGCUGGCGUUGUCGCUUUUUCGGCUACCGAAGCUUCUGUCGACCUUGCCAAAGUGGUGCUCUCCAAGACGCUGGUCGACAAAGGCGUGGGAUACGUCGCCCAAACUGGAAUUUUCACGACUCAUUGCCCGGGCCUGUACCAAUUCAGUUUCGCCGGUUACGGCAGCACCGAUCUGCAACUAACUUUGAAACAGAAAUUAAACAAAUCCGACACCUGGCGUCCGGUGGUCAGCGUCGGGCCAGGUGGCGGCGCCAAUUUGAUCUUGCUGGACGUCGAAGCUGGUGAUCAGCUGGCGAUUUUCGUUGAUUCCGGAAAAAUCACAGACGGUGCCACGUUCUCCGGAUACCGAAUCGCCAAGAAAUAAUCGACCUAAUCAUUGGACCGUAUGAAAAACGAUGUCUCAAGAUCGGACCUAACGCUGAAAACGAUUUGCCAUUGGAAAACUGCAAAAUUUCGAGAUUUAGCUCGGAACUCCAUCAAGGUUCUACAAACAAUCCGCUCCGGAAUACGUAAAAUUACACUGAUGGAACGCCUUCGCCUCAGUAAUCAGAAUUUCAAUGCGAUCGUCCAUUGUCCACGCGAGAUGUUUUCUGUUACCAUGUUAAAACGUUCGAAGGCUGAUUACCGAUGAUCUUGAUAUAUUUAUGAUGGUUACCUGAUAUCGACCUGAUGCUGAAGAGUGCAAAACGGAACGAACUCGGAGUUCAAUCGACAUUUUUGCUGGAGCUGCGAAUCCACUAUAUUUUUCUACGUCUACUUGCCAAGCAGAAUCGCUCGAAAUGAUUGUCAUAGAAAUUGUACGAAUUCCGAAUUGGAAAACGAUCGAUCAGAGCGGUUUUAUCCUUCUCCACGAACCUAACGCUCUGUGAUAGCCCUUUCCCUUCGGUUUCUUUCUUUCGCUGUCUCGCAGUCUCAACGAUCCACUUGUUAGUUUCACAAAAAUUGCGGACGGAACGAUUGUCAUUUGUCAAUGAAAUUGCGAGACCAGCCGAUUCUGUUCUAUACCUUAAAUCGACGAAUUUCCACUUUUAUUCUUUUCUAUCUCGCUCUCUCUAUUCUCUGUGCUCCUAUUAUUCUCUCUUUUCUUUAACCCUCUUCCUUCUCUGUUGUACAUAUAUCUUUUGAUUCGAAACGUGUGUACAAAUUCUAGACUUGUGUACUAUACUUUUGUCCGAACCUCCUCUUUCUCUGUAUAAAUUGUCUUUAUCUGCUGCAGAA